AUGGGCGAGUACUCGAAAGCACUUUCGUCGCACGAACGAUCACUUGAAAUCCGAAAAAUAGCUUUCCCUCCGAAUCAUCCCGACUUGGCUGCUUCUUACAACAACGUCGGUUUGGUGUACGAUAACAUGGGCGAGUACUCGAAAGCACUUUCAUCGCACGAACGAUCAUUAGAAAUCUGGAAAAUAGCUCUCCCUCCGAAUCAUCCUGACUUGGCUUACUCUUAUCACGGUAUCGGUUUGGUGUAUAAUAAUAUGGGCGAGUACUCGAAAGCACUUUCAUCGCACGAACGAUCACUUGAAAUCCAAAAAAUAGCUCUCCCCCCAAAUCAUCCCGACUUCGCUCAAUCCUACAACAACAUCGGUAUGGUGUAUUAUAACAUGGGCGAGUACACGAAAACACUUUCAUUUCUCCAAAAAGGACUCGCGAUACGACAAAAAUCACUGCCACCAAACCAUCCGGAUAUUGCACAGUCGAAAAGAAACAUUGAAAAUGUAAAAAAGAAAAUGUAA